AUGGUCAAGGUACUUCUUACAGGUGGCAGUGGCUUCAUCGCUGCUCAUAUUGUCGAUAUUCUUCUGGAACAUGGCUUUGACACGGUAGUGACUGUCCGAUCGGAAGAAAAAGGGAAACGAAUUCUCGAGGCCCAUCCCAACACGCCCAAGGACAAACUAUCGUACGUGAUUGUCAAGGACGUUGCCCAAGAGGGAGCAUUCAAUGAGGCUGUCAAAUCUGAUCCUCCCUUUGAUUAUGUUCUACAUACUGCCUCGCCGUUCCAUUUCAAUGUCCAAGAUCCAGUGAAAGACUUCUUGGACCCCGCGAUUAAAGGAACUACCGGAAUACUCAAAGCCAUCAAAUCCUACGCCCCAUCAGUCAAACGAGUCGUCAUCACAUCUUCCUUCGCCGCAAUUUUACCUGGAGAGGAAGCCACCGACCACUCAAAGGUUUAUCGGGCAAGCAAGACCUUUGCCGAGAAGGCCGCAUGGGACUUUGUUGCGAAGGAAAAGCCAAACUUCGACAUUGCAACCAUCAACCCACCCCUGGUACUUGGACCAGUUGUUCAUUAUUUGAACUCUCUGGAAGCUAUCAACACAUCUAACCAGCGGGUACGCAAUAUAAUCCAAGGACAAAUGAAGGAACAGAUUGCUCCAUCGGGUACAUACCUUUGGGUUGAUGUUCGUGAUGUUGCACUUGCGCAUGUUCGAGCCAUCGAAGUCGAGAAGGCAGGCGGCCAGAGAUUUUUCGUCACUGCUGGCUAUUUCUCCAACAAGGAUAUCGUCGAAAACAUCCGUCAGAGUCACCCUAAGUUGGAGUCAAACCUUCCCCCAAGUGACUCACCUAGUGAUCUCCCUGAGAACAUCUAUAAGAUCGACAACACGCGUUCGCAAGAAGUCCUGGGCCUGAAAUAUCGGCCGUUGAAGGAGACAAUAUCAGAUACCGUUGAAUCGCUUCUUACUGUGGGAGUUUAG